GCCGAAGAUGCGGCGGGGCUGGAAGAUGGCUCUGUCUGGGGGGUUGCGGUGCUGCCGCCGGGUACUGUCCUGGGUGCCAGUGCUCAUUAUUGUCCUCGUCGUUCUCUGGUCCUACUAUGCCUACGUCUUUGAACUCUGCCUGGUGACUGUUUUGAGCCCAGCAGAAAAAGUUAUCUACCUCAUACUCUAUCACGCCAUUUUUGUGUUCUUUGCAUGGACCUACUGGAAGUCUAUCUUUACACUCCCACAGCAGCCAAACCAGAAGUUCCACUUGUCCUAUACAGACAAGGAGCGCUAUAAAAAUGAAGAGAGACCUGAGGUCCAGAAGCAGAUGCUUGUAGAUAUGGCCAAGAAGCUACCAGUGUACACCAGAACCGGGAGUGGAGCUGUACGGUUUUGUGACCGGUGCCAUCUAAUCAAGCCAGACCGUUGCCAUCACUGUUCUGUCUGUGCCAUGUGUGUUUUAAAAAUGGACCAUCACUGCCCAUGGGUUAAUAACUGCAUUGGAUUUUCCAACUACAAAUUCUUCCUUCAGUUCUUAGCUUAUUCCGUUCUCUACUGCCUGUACAUUGCUACAACAGUCUUCAGCUACUUCAUCAAAUACUGGAGAGGAGAAUUGCCCAGUGUUCGGUCUAAGUUCCAUGUCCUCUUUCUCCUCUUUGUGGCCUGCAUGUUUUUUGUCAGCCUUGUGAUUCUCUUUGGUUACCAUUGUUGGCUUGUCAGCAGAAACAAAACUACCUUAGAGGCCUUCUGCACACCAGUAUUUACAAGUGGACCAGAGAAAAAUGGGUUCAAUCUUGGCUUCAUCAAGAAUAUUCAGCAGGUGUUUGGUGAUAAUAAGAAGUUCUGGUUAAUACCUAUUGGGUCUAGCCCUGGUGAUGGACAUUCCUUCCCUAUGAGGUCUAUGAAUGAGUCGCAGAACCCACUGCUAGCAAAUGAGGAACCCUGGGAAGACAACGAGGAUGACAGUAGAGAUUAUCCAGAAGGCUCGUCAUCACUUGCUGUGGAGUCAGAAACAUAGCAGUUUUCACAUUUUCUGUGUCUCCGACAGGAACCGCCAUCUCCCAUGAGGCUUACAGACUUCAAUAUUGAGAACCACUCUAAUCCUCAAACUAAGUCACCAUUUUGGAUCGAUAGCUUCACAGUCUGGGUGUUCCAUAACCCACUUGUUGUGCAGAUCUUUCGGGACUUUGCAAAUUUACUUUGCUGAAUGAACUCAGUUUGGAAACAAUUGCUUCAAGCCAGAUUUUCUUUUUUAUCCUCCCCCAAUCCAUGAAAGCCUAAGUGUAAAAUAUAUAUCCUUAUAUUUGUCUAGUCUGUUAAACAGGAAUUCAGAAGACUGCCUUUGAGUCUAAUUUCCCUCAUGAAAGACUAUUAAUCAUGUCUCACUGCAGGGUCUUUCUGGUAUUGAGGGGAGUCAGCAUGUAUUUGCGGCUUAUGUUCAUGGGCAUAUAUAAACAUGUGUAUGUGCAAUAUAUCGAAAUAGAAUUCUGCCAAAAAUCAAGGUUUAAAAA